CCAAGUCUUCUACCUUUGUGGGCAGUUGUGACUUUGAGGAGGAGGACAUUUGUGGGAUGAUUCAGGGUCCUGGCAAUGCAAAGUGGGAACAACGUAGUUCUGUGAAAGGAGGGCCUCAGACUGACUUCACCAACAUGGGACAAUGCAAAGGAAAAGGCUUCUUCAUGCACUUCAGCACGGCCUCUGCUAAACCUGGUGACCGUGCAGUCCUGGAGAGUCGUUGGCUUUAUCCCAAACCUGGAGCCCAGUGUCUGCAGUUCUUCCUCCAUAACACCGGGGCAGCAGAUGAUGUUCUCAACAUCUGGGUGCGAGAGGAUGACCGCAGCAGAAAACCGAAGCUCUUCAAGAGUAUUUCAG